GUUGUUGAACUGGCUUGGUGUGGCUCAGGCUCACAUAGAAGCAGUCAGGUAUCUGGGUGUGGCUCUGGUCAUAGUUGGUUCUUUUCUGAUCAUCGCCGCUAUGUGCCGCUGGAUGUUCCUGUCCCCUCAGUCUACCAUUGUUAGUGAGGUCCCUUCGGAGAGAGUUGGCGACCUACACGUCAUCACAGUGCCUAUGGGGGGCAUACAGGGGCCCCCGUGUGUACAGGGGCCCCUGUGUGCACCUGGAGCUGCCACGACCACCCAGGGUAAACCUCCAGACUACUUCCUGGUAGUGGAGAAGCCACCAAGCUAUGAGGAGGCCAUGUCCAUGCUGCUGCCAUAUGCAGCAACGAGCUCUAGCUCUUGGCACCUCAGCGCCAGUGGCCUGGAAGAUUUCUUGGCACCAAACCAGGUGCCUGGGAGCCAAGUGGAUGGCACCACCAGUGCCUCACCCCACAACUGCCAAGGUGGAUCAGAGUGUUUGCCAGAGGUGCUGCUGCCUCCAGCAUAUUCCAGCAGAUGUCACCAAGUGCCUCUGCAUCCAUGGGCAAUGGCGACUCUUGUCUGCCACUGGAAGACAUCCCCCGCUGCCCGGUCACCACCCAAGCCCCGCCUUGCAGCGAUGCCCCGCAACCCAAUCCAUCCACUGCCACUGCUGAACCACCAAUGGAAAUAAUCAAACUGCCCGAUAAUGCCAUAAGACCUGCCAUACACCGCCACCCUCACAAGACCACAUCGAUGACAAGUAGCAAUGACAAAUAGUCUGCAAUAUCAACAUUAUCGCAGUGCAUCGAUA